GCAGCCAUGGCGGGCAGUGACACCGCAGCCACGGCGGGGUAGUGACACCGCAGCCACGGCGGGACCGGUGACACCGCAGCCAUGGCGGGCAGUGACACCGCAGCCACGGCGGGACCGGCGACACCGCAGCCACGGCGGGACCGGCGACACCGCAGCCACGGCGGGCAGUGACACCGCAGCCACGGCGGGACCGGCGACACCGCAGCCAUGGCGGGCAGUGACACCGCAGCCACGGCGGGACCGGUGACACCGCAGCCACGGCGGGACCGGUGACACCGCAGCCAUGGCGGGCAGUGACACCGCAGCCACGGCGGGGCAGUGACACCGCAGCCACGGCGGGCAGUGACACCGCAGCCACGGCGGGACCGGUGACACCGCAGCCACGGCGGGGCAGUGACACCGCAGCCACGGCGGGCAGUGACACCGCAGCCACGGCGGGACCGGUGACACCGCAGCCAUGGCGGGCAGUGACACCGCAGCCAUGGCGGGCAGUGACACCGCAGCCAUGGCGGGCCCGGCGCCCUCAGCCCCGCGGCCGCCGCGCCUGCGCCCGGGCCGUUGCCAUGGCUGCGGGCGGACGCGCGGGGCCGGGGCGGCGGCGAUGGCGCUGAGGCGGCUCCUGCUGCGCUACUUCCCGCCGGGAAUUAUUCUGGAAUACGUAGAAGGUGGUGAGUCAAAGACCAGAUCAAUAGAUCUGCUUGAUCUUAGACCUGACACAGAUGUUACAGCCUUAGUAGAAGAAAUCCAAAAAGGAGAGCCUCUCAUCACAGCUUCCUGCUUGGAACAUGUCAUACAUCUAAUACAAAGAUUGCAGGAGAAGCUAGGGGAAAAACAGAAUCACAAAUUCUCUCUUUUUAAGGUCCUUAGAACACACAUAUUGCCUCUGACUAAUGUGGCAUUUAACAAAUCUGGUUCCCGCUUUAUCACUGGAAGCUAUGAUAGAACCUGCAAACUGUGGGAUACAGCAUCGGGAGAAGAGCUGCGUUCUCUGGAGGGACACAGAAACGUUGUCUAUGCAAUAGCUUUCAAUAACCCCUAUGGUGACAAAAUUGCCACUGGAUCUUUUGAUAAAACCUGCAAACUGUGGAGUACAGAAACAGGACAAUGUUAUCAUACCUUCAGAGGACAUAGUGCAGAAAUAGUAUGUUUAUCAUUUAAUCCUCAGAGCACACUCUUGGCAACUGGAAGCAUGGAUACCACUGCCAAAUUAUGGGAUUUAGAGAAAGGAGAAGAAGUAGCUACUUUAAAUGGACACUCAGCAGAAAUUAUUGCUCUGUCUUUCAAUACCACUGGAGACAGGAUCAUCACUGGUUCCUUUGACCAUACAGUAGCAGUAUGGGAUGUUGGCACUGGCAGGUUGUUACAUACUUUAAUAGGCCACAGAGGAGAGAUUAGCAGUGCCCAGUUCAACUGGGACUGUUCUCUCAUUGUCACUGGAUCAAUGGACAAAACAUGCAUGCUGUGGGAUGCUGAGACAGGAGCACACAUAGCCACGCUGGCAGGGCACAGCAAGGAGGUGCUGGACGUGUGCUUUGACUACGCCGGGCAGCGCAUUGCAACAGCCUCUGCUGAUGGGUCAGCAAGAGUCUAUAAUGCAGGAACAAAACAGUGCAUUGCAAAGCUGGAAGGGCAUGAGGAUGAAAUUUCAAAGGUGUGUUUCAACCCUAAAGGCAAUUGCAUACUAACAGCCAGUUCUGAUAAAACAGCUCGGCUCUGGGAUGCUGCUACUGGACACUGCCUUCAGAUAUUAGAGGGUCAUGCUGAUGAGAUCUUCUCCUGUGCUUUUAACUACAAAGGUGAUACAAUCAUUACAGGGAGCAAGGAUAACUCCUGUAGAAUCUGGCACUGACAAGAAAAGGAAGAAUCCAGUUUAAUGUAUGCCAACCUACUUUGUGAGUUUCAGAGUCAAUAAACUUAGCAUUUCAGUUCUGUUUUCUUCUACUUUCUUUAUUCACCUUCUGUUGAAGUAGAAGAGUUACCUAAAUUGGAUAGGUUUGGCUUAGAAAUGGCAUCACAGAACUGCAGAAGUUGGAAGGGACCACCCUGUCAUCCAAGCAGGCUGCCCAGGACUGAUGGAGGUUUGAGUAUCUCCAAGGAUGAAGACUCCACAGUUUUUCUAUACAACUUGCUUAGUAUCUGAUCACUUGCAUAGUAAAGAAGAGAAGUAGGGUUGUUUUCCCUCCUACAUUUAAAUGGAAUAGUUCCUUAUAUUUCAAUUAGUGCAUGUUGCCUCUUCAUUGAGUAGCACUGAGUAGAAUCUGGUCUGUUAUUUCAGUCACCAGAGAGAAAUCAUGAUUAGUGAGAAUGAAUGCAUAGGAUAGCUCAAUUUCUUUAUGUGUAAUUUUUAACUUGUACCUUUUUUAAUAAAAAAAAGCAAUAGACCAUUGUAGCAAUCUCAGUUGUGAACAAGUGUUGGUAAGCACUUGCUUUGAAUACUUUUGUAUUC